AUGGAUAUUCUUUCUGCAAUUUUCAUUGUUGCCAUACUUUAUUUUCAUUGGUGGAAAGAGAGCAAAAAAGAAAAAUUACUCAACAGCACCAGCAUUCACACAGACUCUCUGAGUACAAGCCUCCGAACAGGAGAAAGUCAGAACCAAGAACCUUCAUGUAUAGCCAUAGAUCCUGUCCCCCGAGUUACAGAAAUUCCUUGGACUCACGCAGAUCUCUCCCCAGCUUUAACCAAGAAUGUAAGGAAAUACCCAUACUCUAGCCAUGUUUCAGUAGUCCCCAUGAAGAAAGCCAGCAAAUCAAAGCAAGUCAGCAAAACCAUCAAGACACCAGUGCCUGGCGAGGAUGACAUUAGACAACUGGUCCCCACCUUGAAGGCCUCUGAAUCCAUCCAAGCACCUGUCCGGGAUUCUGCCAGAGAGGCCACCUACCAAUCUUCAUCAGCCAUGAAGGCGACUGGAAUAUUUUCCUCCAUAGACGUCUCUCAUCCUCAGAAACAAACUGAAAGGCCCCCCAGUACUAAAUCUUCCGAGGAAUCCCUUCCUGUUUUCACCACAUCCAGCCCAUCCUCCUCCUCCUAA